CAGGGCAUAUGCGUGAUGACGUCCACUUUUCCUGGAGUGACUGUUGUCGGCUUUGUACACUAGUCUUGCGUAUGACAGUUGGCAAAAGCAAGUAGGAUAUCUUUCACUAUAAACAACCAGAAAUGUUAACAUCUAUGAUGAAGCCACUGAACAUGGAGCGAGAACAUCCUGCGGGUGCUGGAUCCUAGAGCGAGAGUGAGUACUGGCCCUGUCUUUUUAUCACCAGCUCCUCCUAUGCUGACCUGCUGCCCUGCCAGUUUGCAAGGCUGUGAGAGUAAGAGUUUGGCGGUAGAGGUGGGUGUGGAGGGUUGGGGUAUCUGACAACCAGAGGGAGGACACUGACAGCCCAGCCAGAUGUCCUCGCCCUUUGUGCCUGUACCUGUCUCCAUCAGAGAUAGGACCCUGCCAGGGGCCAAUGGGAAGCCCAGGCGGAGCCCUCAGAGGACCUCAUCUUUGAACAGUGUCUCCAGCAGCUCUGAGUCCUCCUCCACUAGAGGCCCCGGGGAUGAGACCCUGGGCCCUGGCCGUGACCCUGGGAGGAGAGGGAAUCGAGUCGGAGGGCCUCGGUCCCAGAGCUCAGAGAGAGGCUGCUGCUUCACUUCUCCACCCUCCCUGUUGCAGUGUCAGAGCCCAGUGACCCGGGCCAGGCUGAACGGGCUGGGGCUGGAGCCCACGGUGGAGUACUCCACCUCCUCCCGGAUGAACAUGGAUCAGGAAUCACCACCAGAACCUCCAGGGUCCUCAGCCUGGGAGGAGAGGCCCAUCACCCCCACCGUGCUGGGCUACGAGGUCAUGGAGGAGCGGGCCAAGUUGACGGUUUAUAAGGUCCUGGUGAAGAAGACUCAGAACGAGAGUUGGGUGGUUUUCAGAAGAUACACUGACUUCUCCAGACUCAACGACAAGCUGAAGGAGAUGUUCCCAGGGUUCAGACUGUCUCUGCCUCCAAAGCGCUGGUUCAAAGACAACUACAACUCUGACUUCCUAGAGGACAGACAGCUGGGCCUGCAGGCCUUCCUACAGAACUUGGUGGCACACAAAGACGUUGCCAACUGCAUAGCAGUGCGAGAGUUCCUGUGUUUAGAUGAUCCACCAGGUCCUUUUGACAGUCUGGAGGAGAGCCGGGCAUUCUGUGAGACUCUGGAGGAGAGUAACUAUCGUCUGCAGAAAGAGCUGGUUGAGAAGCAGAGAGAGAUCAGUUCCCUCAAGAAGAGACUGGAGGAGAAGGACCAUCACAUCCACCUUCUGGAGAAGCGCCUCAACGGGGAGUCUCUGACCCCAGAGAGCCAGAGUGGGUUGUCAGCUCAGGGCAGUGAUAGCAGCGUAGACGCAGAUGGAGACGUGGAGUCAUCUACCGCCGAGGCAGACCAGGACAUUAUGUCAGAGGAGAACGGGAAGUGUGAGGCCCACCAGUCUCUGCGUCUCUCAGGGUGUUGGUGUGGGCCUGCCACAGGCAGCUCUCCGCCUGUCAUCGAGGUAACUCAGGUGUGUGACGCUCGGCUGGAGCACUGAGCCACCUGGGACAACUCUGCUCUUCCCUCAAUGCACCCCCCUCCCUUCCUCCUUCAUGACUGUGAUCACUGUUACUCAAGGAUCUUGGGACUGAAACAUUCUGAGGGUGGGGCUUUGGACGUGAUCCCCUCCAACAUCGUUUAGUUUGUUGGCAGGAUAGUUGAUCAACCCCCUGCCUUGCUGCUCAUUUAGACUUCCACAGACCCUGGCCACUGUUUUACAGAGAGAAUAUGAAUUGGCUGGGGGCACUUUAUUCAGUAACACCCCCAGGUCUUCCCAGCUGCCAGUUAAUCUGACUGGACUCAAGGAUACUGACAGGAGCAGAGUAGGGACACUUUAUCCCGUAACACUCCUUCAAUGGUUGAUUUGUCCCCAUGAAGUUGUGGAUCGAGUAAUUGAGGGACCUUGCAUAGACCUGCAGGGACACUUUACUAUGAAACAAACUUCUUCUUUUUUUCUUAACUGAGGGCAGUCCUCAGAUUCACCUAGUCAAUUUGCUAAUCAAAGCUUGAAGACAAUACAUCCACCUCAGAAUGGUGCAAUCAGACCACGUAGGAGGAAUGCAUACAUCUAAUGAACUGGUAACUGUAGCUAGUACUGUAGCUCAUUAGUUUAGUUCUUGGGGUUAGUUGGUUCCACACCUUAUCUGUACGAAACAGGUUUCCAGAGCCCCCAGAUCCUGUGGUCUCCCAGCCAAAGAGUGGAUGUGUCUGAAAUGACACCCUAUAUAGAACAGAGCCAUAUGGGUCCUGGUCAAAAGUAGUGCACUAAAUAGCCGGUAGGGUGCCUUUUCAGACACAACCAAAAACCUGGAGAGGGACUCCAACACCACCUUAAAGCCGAUUGGAUAAUUGGGUUUUGCAAUAUGAUGAACCAUAUGAAAAUCCAUAGACCGAGAAAUGGAACCUCACAUAGCUUGACUACCACAGCACCUCUGCAUCAGCACCACCCUGUGGCUAUAGCAGGUAUGACCACAGAUGAUGACUGGACAAGGACUGGCGCAUGGGAAUAUUCUGGCGUCGAUGAUGUGUUCGAGAUGGCGGGGAUUAACAUGUAAUUUCCUGUUAUUAUAAAGGUCAAGGCUGUUAUGGGGUGGUUGGCAGAUAUUUGGAGAAUGAUAGAGCUCAUGUCUUUUAGCUUGUCUACUAAUAUUGUCCUUGUAGUCACAUCUCAUUGCUUUAUACUGCCCAUCUGGCAUACAGUAUCUUCAACAAAAGUAGAACAGAAAGUAUUUGUGGGGGUGGUACAUCAAAUACAUGUUUUGUGUUAUUUUGGUUCUGUGAUAGUUUAGAUUUUUGACCCUAUACAUUGUUGAACUGACAUUUUGUUGAUUUGUCAUGUGUUGCUUGCACUACUAAACCUCAUCUCUGUGAAGGUCUAAACACAGAGUGAACCUUAACAUAUCAGUCUACGGGCCCCGUUGGAGAGAGCAUUGACAUCCUUAGCGUUCAGACACCUUGUUUAUCAUGUCAGUCCCACAUUCCAUGAAAUCACAUCUUUUAUGCCCAUAUUAACCUAAUUUCUACACUAAGAAAUGUAUUUUGCCUAAAUACAUUAGCAGAAGAAACCCAUU